AUGACCAGUAUUCUGCUGAUGUUGCUGCUGUCAGUCAUCAGAGCCCAGCCUGUGCCCCCUGCCCCAUCAUGCCCUGCUUCCUGUGUGGUUUGUUCUGAAGAUGCCGUCAUCUACGCUCCAGACACAACCCAGGCUCUGCUGCUAACAGAGGGCUCCAUCUCCACAGUGCAGCCUGCCGCACUGUCUGACCUCAGCAACAUUACAGUCAUAGGACUAAGUCAUAACCAUAUCUCAGUGCUGGGAGAACAGUCCUUCAGAAACCUGCCCUUCCUCCACACCUUACUGCUGGACCACAACCUCCUGACCAGCCAGGCCCUACAGGGUGGAGCUCUGACCAAUCUAACCCAUCUAGAGGUCCUCGCCCUGGGCCACAACCUCAUCAGCAUGAUCCAGGGAGGCUGGCUUAAAGGUAGCAAGGCCCUACGGAGCCUGAAGCUGGAGGGAAACCUGCUUACCAGUUUGGACUCUGGUUCCUUUCCUCUGAAUGACCUCAAAGCUCUGGAGAGUCUGGAUCUGUCAGAUAACCUGAUAGAUCAUCUGGAAAGAAACAGCUUCAGUGGGUUGGUGAGCCUGCAGACUCUGGAUCUAUCCAGAAACCGUCUGAGUACGGCUCCUGCUGAGGCUUUUUCCUACCUCAGCUGGCUGACAAACCUCAACCUGGACUUCAACUCAUGGAACUGCUCCUGCCAGCUGCUGGAACUGGCUGCCUUCCUGUCCACCUUCAUACAAGAACCCGACAAGGUGCAGUUUUUCUUCAUCCCGUUCAAUCCUGUCCAAUGCAGCUUCACUUGUUCCAGGAACUGCCACAUUAAAAUAAAUGAUUGA